UCACUACUAUCUUGAUUUUGAGUUGCUUUUCAUAGGAUUUCCAUGCCAAAGUCGUUUUUAUUUUAUGUAAAGUAAAGCUAAAGCAGUAUUUAUUAAUUAUUAAUGACGACGGCGUAAGGAAACUAUAACGCAAUAUUGCAAAAUUUUAAUUGAUUUUUAUUAUCAAUUACAAUGGUUACCUUUGCUCCUGACGAAAUCGGCUUAGUUGAUAAGUCUUCAUGUGCCGGUGUAAGAGCUGAUCUGAAAAGCUGCCUUUUAAACAGUGAUUGUUGUACUAAGGAAAAGAAAACACCUAGACAAUGUUUGAAAGAAGGAGCUGUUCCAGAGGAGUGUUUACAGUUACGGCAAAGCUUCUUUGAAUGUAAGAGAUCUCUGUUGGAUACAAGACGACGCUUCAGAGGUCUAAAGGGUUAUUGACAAAGUAAUUAUAUUUAGUAGAUAUGGUUAAAAAUUGUAAAUAAAUUAUUAUUGUUUUCAAAUAUUU